AUGGCUGCCGUCCGGAGUAUCGUUGCCAGCCUCUCCUCUGCCAUCCGAGUACCACAGACUCUGUGUCACCAAAGGCAAAGGUGCCGCUCCGCUAAUUUGACGCCUGCACGGCCCUCCGGGGGCAACCGUCAAAUUGCCCUGAUUUUAAUUUUAGUUAUUUAA